CUUAUUCGAAGCAGAACAAAGAAAUAAAAAUAAAAAACUCUAGCUAAUAUAUUUCACCGGACAUUAUAAAAUAGGAAAACGGCCCCCUUUCUGAAUCCGCCGGAAGCUCUUAAUUAACCCCGCAAAAAAUCAAGAAAAGCUCCAAGAUUCUUCAUUCUCCAACCCCUGGCCGGAAGUACGCCGCCGCGAUGGUGCUCCGAGUGACUUUGGCCAACCCCGGCAACCUGAGAGAGGCGACUGAGGCGGUGACGCCGGCGGAACUGACCCGGCACGUCAUCAUGAUCUGGACCCCUGAAUACCUCGCCUUUCAGUCCACCAUCACGGAGAGGAUGCUCGUAUCGGCCGAGAACGGCUGCGGAGACAACAACACCGCCCUCCUCAAGAUCGACCCGGCGGCGUCGCCGGCGGUGUUCUCCUCGUACCACUCCACCGACGCCUACUUCAACGCCGUCGUGGAGAGAGUGGAUCUCCAGGCCGUGCUCUUCACCGCUCAAAGUUCUGACACCAUUGAGUUUUCCCAGUCUCUGGAGGUCGAUAACCUCAUCAACGGCUUCGGUUACUUGCGGGCCCGCUUUGACCGCCCUGUAGGAGCAUAUAAUGAGGACUACAUAUCAAUGAAAAUAUAUGGGAUUGUUCCGGAGAAAAUGCUUAAAACUGCUGACAUAUCAAAGGAUCCAGCAGUGGUUCCACUUCCCCCCUUGGCUACACUAGAUGCACUUACUUUUAAAAAAUCUUUAGGACUAAUGAGGGCCGUUUCCAGGUCAGUUGAAAUAUCGGUAAAGAAAGGGGAAGUCUAUAUCUCUCCUGUGGAUGUAAAAUCGAAGCCACUCAUUUUGAACCGAGAGUAUGGGUUGAUUUCUACAAGGGAGGACAUCCGAAAGAAUGAUCCAGCGGUGAAUUUUAAGAUAAAUUUGCUAUACCUGGAUUUACAGUUGGCGGGGUUAAAUUCUGCGGAGGUGUCGGUGUAUAAACGGCCAAAAGAUGUGGUUUUGCUAUGGUAUCAACUGGACGACACAAAAGGCUGGCUUCUCAAGGGAGACAUUUUCUACUACUUAUAUUAAUUGACUGGCCUGGAGUAUAAUGCAUGAAGUGAUGAAGCAAGUCGUCUUAUACUGUCUUAGUGAUCGAAUGAUUUGUGCACAACAGUUCAUACGUAUGAUUUUUGCGGCAGCUAGCUUAGCCAAGUAGUAGUCAUUUCAUCAGUUCGUACGUUCAUUGUAAUUUCUUUUUUUUGCUUUUGAUCGAUGAUAUAUGGAUCUAUACGAUACACCUUUUGAUUUGAAUUGAUUUUCUCGAUUGUUACC